AUGGUAAAGUUACUGUACAAAGAUAUCAAGAAACAAUAUGACACAUCAACAGCUGGAAGGUCAAAAUCUCCUUGUACUUACAAGGCUUGUUUCUCAAAUGAAUUCUCAACCUUUUCCCACAAGAUCGUCUACAUGGAUUGGCAGGUUAAUGACCAAAGCAAUGCCAAUAAAGGUGCAACACCCGGCACUCACGCUAUGACUGCGCUUGAAAAUUCUGCUGUCGCAAUUGCAGACAAACUGCGUGUGGUUGAUGAUUAUCAAACACAUCACCGUCUUCGCGAAGCCACUGGACGAAAGCGUGCCGAACAGUUGAAUGAACGCGUUCUGUUGUGGAGUUUAGGACAGACAGCUCUUAUAGUCCUUAUUGGAAUUGCUCAGGUGAUUUUGCUGCGAUCGUUCUUUUCGGACAAGCGAACGAGGUAUUAG